UCACAGUGCAGGGAGGCAGAGACACAACAAGGGCCUUUUACCACAAAUACAAACAUGCUAAGCUUGAGCUGCUCUCACAGUGUAUAUAAAUGCAUUUGUGUAGACAGGUGAAUAAAUCUGGUGCGCCCAUUUCCAUAAUGAGGGAGAAUUAGCAUAAGCUGCAGCAUUGUGGGCUGCCUUCAGUUGUUCUCCAAGAUCAAUUAAGGACUGGUAGCAGGCCUAAGAGAUUCAGUCCUAUUCUGCUGAAAGCCUCACUCUGGAAUAUUCCAGCUGCUGCUGCUCCCGAGCCAGAGUGGAGAGUCCCCUCACCCCACUGCACAGACAGACAGAGACAAAAGGCCUGUUUCGCCUGCUGAACACUGCCCCCUUUCUCCAGCCGUCCCUUCAUGCACGGCUGUGGUGGUGGUGGGGGCUUCGAAAGAAAGCAAGGCCCGGACUGGAGCUAAAAAUCUAGGACUCACCCAGUGAAGGAGGAAGUGAAUAGGGAAAGAAGGGGGAGGAGGGGGGAGGAGGAGAAUGGAGGCUGGAAUGAUUGGGGCUGUUAAAGGCAGGUGCUGAGGCCUCUACAGGAAGAAUUCUUUCCCCCUUAUCUUACAGAGUGGAAAAAAAAUCUGACAAGGGUAUGCCACGUUUACCUCUAUAUAUGCAUGAGUGCAUGUUUAUGUUUAUUGAUGUCUCUGUGGGGGUGUUAGUGGGGCAGGGUGGCAUGUAGUUGAUGGAAAACUGAGAAGGGAGAUGCUCGAAUGUCUCGUUUAUCAACAUGUUGGGUUGUUGUCUAAUGCUUGCAUCCUUUUCCAUCAGUCUACAGUGAUGAGUCUAAUGUUACUGGAGGCUGAUGGAAGAUUUAUAGUUUUCAAAGAGAUUACUAUCAUGUUGGAGGUGGGAUGGCUGAGGAAAAGUGUUGAGAAAAAGGCCAAGUGUCAUGCUGAGUUUUUACUGCUAUCAUGAUUACACAAACCCUUUUUUUUGCUGUUUUUGAAAUAUUCAUUUUUCUUGCAUCAUCAGGAACACAUUUGCAGAUCAUGUCACCUGAUUUAUUCCUGAUUUAUUUAUUAUCAUUGUGUUUUCCCAUUAUAUCAUUUAUGUCUGUCUGUAUUGAGAUCCCAAAUUCUGUUUUUUCCAUCUAUUUUGUAUGCACAUCCAAACAUAAUGAGUGUCACUGUUUGCACUUUUGCGAUCUAGAUAAAAGACCAGAAUAUUUGAUUUAUUUCAAAUCAAAAUGUAUGUUUUUUUUAAAAGUCCUCUUAGUUCAGUUUAAUGGCUGCAGUGCUUCCUGGGAGGUGGAUACUCUGCUUCUUCCUGUGUGGUUCUGAGGCCGUGCUGCACCACAAGGUUUUAUGUUGGGUGACCGGAACCAGCUGAAACCGGUUUGAGGCAGACUGAGGGUUGACAGGAACAAUGCCGUCUCUGUGCUCCAUGGGGAUAGAGAUAGCCCGGGCUGCUCCAUGGCAGCCCCUUCAUAGCCCUGGCUAACAUGACAGACGCUGUUGCCGCUCACUGCUGGCUAAAUGUCGGAGCGCUACGCAAUAUGGCUCGCUGUGAGGAGAGCAGGGAGAUUUGGGACGGGGCGAGGGCAGGGGGACGUGGCUGGCCGGGAGUCUGUGAAUCUGUAGCUGAGAGCCUGCCUCGCACAUUCACACACACACACUCACACACACACACAGGAGCAUGAUCUAUGUGUCUGUUUAUUAGUCUGUAUGCUGCAAUUGGUGCAGAAAAUGACUGAAGAUGAUCUUUACCAGGACCACCAGCACUCACCAGAUACUUGGAUGUAACCUGACCCUGAGAUCUGGGCCUUUGCCUGGAUGGAAGGAAGGAAGGAAAGAAGGUUUUGCUAGUGGCUGGAGAGGGACGAAGGCGAGAGGAGCAGGAGAAGGAACAUGGGAGAUAUGAAGACGCCAGACUUUGAUGACUUGCUUGCGGCCUUCGACCUCCCUGACAUGGUGGAUCCAAAAGCUGCAAUUGAAUCUGGCCACCAAGACGAACAUGUUGGACAACUCAAACAACCAAGCGGUGGGGUGACCACCAAUGAAGUACAGGCCCACCAGUCCUCAACUGCCCAUGAUAUUGGCGUUAGUGUCAUUGUAAAGAACAUUCAAAACAUGGAAGCAAGUGAAUAUGGUGGAAUUGGAACAGAGAAAGAUGGACAUCCGAGCGCCAAUUCCAGAGCACAUUCUCUCAGCAGUGGACCUCAAAAUGGCUGUUUGCCCAAAGUGCUACUAGGUCCUCAUUGCACAAAAAAUGGAUGGAAAGCUCCCAGAGAUGAGGGGCAUAAAGUUAACAACCAACCAUCUACCUUUAAUCAGUUUAGCCCGAUUUCUAGUGCUGAAGAGUUUGAUGAUGAUGAUAGAAUUGAGGUAGAUGAACCCUCGAACAAACCGGGAGCACAGACUUUCUUCAGGCCUGGUGCUAAUCCAGAAGACCAAAGGUCUCCUAUAAUUGAUGGUGCAUCAAAUCCCAAAGCACACAGCAAGGACAAACUUGAUCAAAAUAACAAUGGCACCUUCAGAGAUUACAAGUCUAACAAUCCAUCUCCAUCCACUUUACCGGAUGAAAAUAACAUGGGAACCAACUCCAAGUCUAAAAACAAAGCGUACAAAGAUGUUGGGGACUCACCAGAGCUUACUGAUGUAUCCAGUAUCUCCCAGGGUAAAGCCAGGUCCUCCACAAAACUUUCAUCUUGUAUUGCAGCUAUCGUGGCUCUUAGUGCCAAAAAGGCUAGUGCUGAGGACAUGGGCUUUUCAGACUCACCUAAAACACACAAAGAAUUCGUCCAGGCCAAAGACAAGGCCAGAGCUUCAGAAAUAACACAGGAGCAAGAUUCAGCCAUAGAGUUUGCUAAGAAAUUGCUUACAAGACCACCAGACAGCCCCUCUAGUGUCACCAGUGAGAGCAGCAGCAGGGGUUCCCCUGCUUCGAACACAGAUACCACUCCAGUCAUUCCAAAGGUGAGGAUCAAAACUAUCAAAACCUCAUCUGGACAGAUUAAACGUACAGUUACCAGAGUUCUCCCAGAGUUGGAUCCCGAAGGCCUGAAUAAAGGAGAUAAUAAAUCUUGUCUCCUGACAACCACUGGUGCAAUUUUGUCAUCAACCACAAGACCCAAUCUGUCAACCACGGUAGUAACCACCAGUGGGGGUUCCUCAAUUGAAAUAACCAAGCAGGUGACUAUCAAGCCUGUGGCGACAGCUUUCUUGCCAGUCUCCGCAGUCAAGACAGCCGGUUCACAAGUUAUUAACCUUAAGCUGGCUAACAACACCACAGUAAAAGCAACAGUCAUCCCUGCAGCUUCGGUGCAAAGUGCCAGCAGCGCGAUUCUGAAAGCUGCGAAUGCCAUCCAACAACAGACUGUCAUGGUACCCGCCUCCAGCCUGGCAAACGCCAAACUUGUGCCAAAAGCAGUCCAUUUUAGUAACCUCAACCUUUUACCCCAGUCAGUGUCCUCUGCUGCCUGUGAUCUCCAGCCGGACGCAUCCUCUUCCAAACAGUCCAAGCAUCAGCAGUCACAGCCAGUGAAACAACAGACAACUGGUCAAGCCUCAAAAAAAGUUCCCAGAGUUCAAGUGUUCAGUAGCUCUCAAAGUUCUGUUGUGGAGGCCUUCAAUAAAGUCCUGAGCAGCAUGAAUCCUGUUCCUGUGUAUGUUCCAAACCUCUCUCCACCAUCUUCAGCCUGUAUAUCUCUACCAUCAAGGGGCUACAAGUGCCUGGAGUGUGGAGAUUCAUUUGCUCUGGAGAAAAGCCUGACACAGCACUACGAACGCAGAAGUGUACGAAUUGAGGUCACUUGCAACCACUGUGCCAAAGGUUUGGUGUUCUAUAAUAAAUGCAGCCUCUUGUCUCAUGCAAGAGGCCACAAGGACAAAGGAGUAGUAAUGCAGUGCUCACACCUAAUCCUGAAACCCAUCCCAGCAGAUCAGAUGAUCAGUACAUUCAAUUCAUCGGGACCACCUGCUAUCACUUGCACUACGUCUACCUCUCCUGUACAGGCACCUACAAGUCAAACCCAAGGAAAAGUUGCAGGUGGUGGAAACGGAACUGCUGUCAUUUCAGCUCCGUGCAAUGCUCCUCUUGUGGCAGCUAUGCCCCUGGAGGAUGAUGCAUCAAAACUUUGCCGGCACAGCCUCAAAUGCUUGGAGUGUAAUGAAAUGUUCCAGGACGACAGUUCACUAGCCAUGCACUAUCAGCAGUCGCCAGAUACCAGUAGCCAGUCACAUGUCACCAAGAACUGCCUGCAUUAUACCCGCAGAGUUGGCUAUCGAUGUAUCCACUGUAGCGUGAUCUUUGCUGACGUCGCAGCUCUUAAGUCCCAUUUACAGAGUACUCACUGUGAGAUCUUCUACAAAUGCCCUCUGUGCCCUAUGGCCUUCAAGUCUGCUCCUGGAACACACUCUCACGCGUACACUCAGCAUCCAGGAGUGAAGCCAGGAGAGCCCAAGAUGAUCUAUAAAUGUUCCAUGUGUGACACCGUGUUCACUCUGCAGUCCCUGCUAUACACACACUUUGAUCAGCAUGUUGUCAAUCAUAAGGUGUCAGUGUUUAAAUGCCCUGACUGUUCUACACACUACGCACAGAAACAGCUCAUGUUGGAUCACAUCAAGGCUAUCCAUGGAACCUUGAAGACCAUUGAGGGUCCACCAAACUUGGGUAUUAACCUCCCGCUCAGCUCAAAGCCCACAAAUUCCAACAGCAACAGUCUGCAUAGUGAAAACAUCAAAGACGGAGGAAUCUUCAAUAGUCAAAACAGUCAAGACAAGCGAGAGAAGAAGCCCUCACCUUCUCCUCUGAGGAAAGCCAACAGUAACUGUGCAGCUGACUUUAAGAGCCCUCCCAGCCCAGGAUACUCAUGUGGAGAGUGCAAAAGCCCAUUUAGUUCCAGGGAGCUCUUUGUGACGCACAUGAGGAGAGAGCAUGGAAAGAGUCAAAGCUGCAAGAGGAAGUCAGAAGAAGAUGAAAUGCCUCCAGGUUUGAAUUCCAGGGACACUGAAGCACAGCCGCUAAAGAGGCUCAAGGUGAACAUCCUCAAAGUACGAAAGUGUGCCGUCUGUGGUUUCAACACCGAGGAUGUGGCUGUCUUCCACAAGCACAUUCCCCAGCACAAGUCGGACGGAUCGUCCUAUCAGUGUCAGGAGUGCGGCCUGUGCUACACCUCCCACCGCUCUUUGGCACGACACCUCUUCAUUGUCCACCGGCUGAAGGAGCCAAAAGGCCUUGGCCGAUAUAUCGGACGAAGUAAAGAGGACGAAGAGAGUCAAAGGGAGAAUCAGUUGGAUAGUGCAAACGAGAACGACGACGGAACACCUAACACAAAAUGCAAAGUCUGUGGGAAGACGUUUGAAACGGAAGGCAUCCUUAAUAUGCACAUGAGGACACACGGGAUGGCGUUCAUUAAGUCAAAAAGACUAAGUGUGGUCGAAAAGUGAUAGUUGAUAAUCAUUCCAUCAGUUAUUUAAACCUAUGAUACCUCUGAUAGCUGUAGUUAUGCUGUAAAUACAUGAUGUGAUGCAGUCUAAGACAAUGUGUAUAUAGUUCAAUAUAACCUCCAGAAUAUGUAAUAUAUCCAACAAAAGUCACUUUAUGUCUUUCAGUAAAUGGGACAAAAUAGUUUUUGUACAGAUAAAGAUGUUCCUAAAGGACCUGAAUAGAGCUUUUUUUAGAUGAGCCCUUUAUUUUCAACUGUUCCACUAUUCAGCUAAGACUAGUUACUGUAUGAAACUAUUAAUGUAAUAUUAUUAAUCCUCAUAUAGUCUGCAGUGUUCUGAAGGUUCAGUGCUGCGUUAUGUCCACUGAAUGUUCUGCUUGGAAAAAUGUAAAUCUUGUCAAGCUUCACAUCACUCUGACUGAGCUUUUGCAUUUCACGGAUGACUUUUUCUCUGAGACUUGGCUUAUUCAGUGAGACUCUGCUUGGUACUCCUGGAAACAGUUGAUACAACAACAACAAAAAAAACAAUCCCUCCUGAGAAACCUUGAGAAAGAGCAAAUAAUGAAGAUGAUCGAUGGACAAUCAGCUGAAAACAAAGCUGCAUCCUCAUGCCAACUUAUGAAUUAUUCUCGUAUACAUAUCAAUUGCGGAUACAGCAGGUUGUGGACUGUCAUGUCAAACAUUGUUUUAUCUUUUAAAGACGAAUAUUGGCCAGACCUGCGUCCUAGAAAAUAUUUUGUAAAAGUUUGUGAAACUUUUUGCAUUCAAUGUUUCAUUCUUGUCUUAAUAUACUCUAAAUGGCAGCUCUUUGAGAUUACGAUUUACUUCACUGAAAAUGUAUUAUUUCAGAUAUUUAAAGGAUCAGAAAAAGCACUUGCCUUUUAUUGGACAGCAGGCUACUUCGCAGUAUAUUGCUACAAAUGUUUCAUUACAACAGAAAUAAACUCAUAAUCACCAUACAUUUCAAAACCAUGGUAACCUUAUCAUUUAAUUAUCUGUAUUUAACAAGAGAUUUUUUUUCUUUGUGUUUUGCAAUUAUUGGUCCAGGACAGAACCAUAAUGAAUGUUCACUGACAUGGAUAAAAGAGAGAAAUCUCAAAGAAAACUUUAUUGAAUGUAAACUUGGCUGUGACGUUGAGUUGCUCAAAAGACACAACCAGUUCAAUCAAGCACUUCUUUUGCCCUGGUUUCCACUCAUUUCCAGAAACCAUGGCGUUUCGGACCUUUGCUUUCACACUGUCGAUAAGACUUUGACAUCUGGCGCUGUAAAACUGCAUGUCAGAUUCUGUAUGUGAAUUGUGUGUUGACUAGAAUGUGUCUUGCUGCUGCUGCUGCUUUUAAUGCUGCCAUUUCUAGCAUUUAUGAUGCUUGUGUACUGAGUUGUUCUUUUUGUCAAUAAACAAUUAAACCAGCCAGGAACGACCAGAUGUGAACCUCACAAUUGACUUCAGCUCUUCUCUGUGGACGUAAACAGAACUGCUAUGAUGACCAGUGCUGCUUGUUUAAUUAACUAUUGAUGUUACU